AUGGCGACCGCCAAUCCUCUCGAUGAGUUCCUAAAUUCAGAGGUCGAUGAGUAUGCAAUAAGCGCAUUAGUUGGCUCGCUUACAAACGAAUUAGCUUCACCAACAUCUAAGGAAUCACUGCAGCAAAAAUCAGCCUCAAAUUCGCAAAAGAACCAUGUUGACGCGGGCCAAACAAAUGUGCCUGCAGGUGCCCGUGCUGCGGAUGUGCAAACUGUGAUGGACGGACAGAAUGCUGGCUUGAACGUAAACUCGGGCCUCCAUGCGGGAAACCCUGGCACUGUCAAUAAAACUAUUGCUGAUAAUCGAUUAUUAGGGUUAAAUACUGUAGUAACGGGUCCUAAUGCAACAGGUGGAGCCAGUAUUGUGACUAUAAAUAACACCGCAGGUUCGCAAACGGGUCAUGUUUCUGUUGCAGGGAGUGGAAGAAUUGGCCAAAUUCAAAUACAAACCUGUCGAGGUAGUGACUCUCCGAGCCCAAAUUCAGCGGGUUCGCCUGCCCCUGUGAGUAACCCUUUGUUGCAGCAGAUGCGAUCAGUUCCGUCGCCAAAUACUAACAGUGGGAUUUCUCGGACUCCUCCGCCUGCAACUAUUAUAACUAUGAAUCAAAACAAUAACAAUAAAGCACAAAUACUACGUGAUCAGAUGGACACGGACUCGAUAGGUGUCAGUUCAAAUGUGCCAAAAACUCAGUUUGUGAUAAAACAGGAUCCACAACAAGUUAAAAUUCCAAUUUCUAUUAACACCACAAGAGGAUCUCCUGUGGCUGUUGUGACUGGUGUCCCUCAACGACAAUCGCCUUUGACAGCCAACACCAGCAUGACCAGUCAGAUCGCAUCAUCAGUAGCGCAAUCGCGGUCUCAAACAGUUGUACGGACUUCAGUGACAACGUCACCUCAUGUGCAGAUUAUGAAUUCGCCUCGGAUGACUGUGUCAAGUACACAGUUAAAGACAUUGGCUCCAAGACUUGUAAAUACUGGAGCUCUUCGGAUACAGCAACCUCAGCAAAUUAUUGCUCCGCGGCCAGGCACGAAUACAAUAACAAUCCCGACUGGGAUGGUUCCUCCAAAUGCUGUCUUCAUCAAGAAUGAGCAGGGUCAGAUCGUCAUGGUAACACCAAGUAGUUCAGGUCCUGUACCGAGUCAGGCGAGUGGGGGGGCUACAACAGUUUCAACAAUGGGCCAGAAGAUUGUCAUCCAGCCGCGUAGCCAGAUGUCGUCAACGAUCAUCAGACACCCACAGACCAUCUCAUCAGCAGCCACUCCGCCCACGAUACGUCAAGCAAUACCUCAAACUGUCAUGCAUCAGUCACAACAGGGUUCCACAGCACAGGCACAAUUUGAAAAUGUGAAAAAGUGUAAAAACUUUUUGACAACACUCAUCAAGUUAGCGUCCAGUCAACCAAAGAAAACAGUGGAGAAUGUCAAAACUCUUAUUCAAGGCCUGAUUGAUGGUCGUGUUGAGCCAGAGAUGUUCACCACAAAAUUACAAAUUGAGCUGAAGUCAUCCCCACAGCCAUAUUUAGUGCCAUUUUUAAAGAAAAGUUUACCCUUAUUACGACAAUCACUGUCACUUGGUAAAAUGACAAUAGAGGGAGUGACUGCUCCGUUGCUGGCAACAUCCAGAGCGUCAACCGGUGUGGCACAGUCGCAGGUCAUGAACCAGCUGCAGGUUGGUAGGGCUAGCAACAAUAGACUAGCACCCGCCCCACAACAGAUGUCACCACUGACGUUGGCACAGCAGCGUUUACCAGCAAAAAAUAUUGGUGUCAAUAAAAACUUAUUUAAACCUGGGAGCCAGGUGCUCGCCACUCAUCAUCCGUCACCGUUACAACUCAAGGAGAAGAGGAAGUAUGAUUCGCUGAAAGAUGACGAUGACAUCAAUGAUGUGGCCACAAUGGGUGGGGUCAACUUGACUGAAGAAAGUCGCAAUAUUUUGGCAUCAAGUUCAGAAAUAUUUGGGGCACAAACGCGAUCAUGUAAAGAUGAAUAUUUUCUCAACACAGCUCCUUUGUUAAAUAGAAUAUCUAAUAUAGCUAAAAAACAUGGUUUAUCAGACGUUCCCACCGAGGUGGCACACCUUGUCUCUCACGCAUCACAGGAACGGUUACGAAACCUGGUUGAAAAAUUAGGAACUAUAUCAGAACAUAGAUUAGAAUUACACAAGAUGGACCAACGUUUCGAAGCAACCGACGAAUCACGGUUACAAAUGAAGUUUUUAGAAGAGUUAGAUAAAUUAGAAAAGAAACGACACGAAGACUCAGAACGGGAAAUAUUAUUACGGGCAGCUAAGAGUCGGUCGAAACAUGAAGAUCCUGAGCAGCUAAAGUUAAAACAAAAAGCCAAAGAGCUCCAGCAGAUGGAGAUGGAGGAAGUACGGCAGCGAGAGGCCAAUCUCACAGCAUUAGCAGCUAUCGGUCCUCGCAAGAAGCGGAAAACAGAACCUGUCAAUACAUCGCAGGGUCCCGAUGUUCCGUUGAGUGCUGCCGGAUCCUCUUCAUCCUCUUCACAAAGGAACGCAUUACGUCCACGAGCAAAACGUGUCAACCUCAGGGACUUGAUCUUUCUGCUGGAGCAGGAACGAGAAAGUGCUAAGUCGAAACUGCUCUACCAGACAUAUCUCAAGUAGAACAGACAUUGUUCCGACAUUGUGCAGGAAACAUUUUGUGUGUUAAACUUCUUCAUCUAAGGCAGUUCUGGUGGAAUUCUUUUCAUUGAUCCAAAUUUGUUAAGUUACAGAAUUGACUCUGUCUCUAGAUAUAAGACAUGUGCAGCCUGUUCUCUUUUACGGAGAGGCUUACAAAUUAUUUUCUUGGAACCUGAUCAUUUGAAGUAUUUUGGUCAAGUUUGUGGUUGUCGCUGACAGCAGCAUGCCUGUUGGUCUUGACAACAGGGCGGUACUGGUAGAAGCAUUUUACCCUCCUUGGCAGUGCAGAUCUAUAGAAUAAGUCAAAACUGCAAUGGAACCUCCCUUAGAGGACACUGUUUCUUUGAGGACAGUGGUUUGGUUGGCAAGUGGGUGUGAUUUGACCUCAGUAAUCGGAACAUCUCCUAUUAAAGUCAGCAUUUCUCGGUCCCAAGGAUAAUGGAAGUUCUACUGUAGAUGGCAUUUGCUAAUGGGCUUCCUUCCAAAAAGUGUCUUGUGUAGGCCCAACUCUCUCUGGUCAGUAUUUAUAAAGUGCACAUGAUUUUCAUGAAUUGAGGAGCAUAGCAUCAGGCCCUGGCAUGUACACCAAUGGCACAUUUCAAAACCAGGUUGGAUCAAUCGAGGAGGACUUUUGGAGGGACAUUGGCAUUUUUGCACGCUGGUUAUAGAAGGUCACUGCCUGGCUGUGAUACGCCAAAUUAGAAAUGUAAUUAAGAUGUUAUAUGUAAUUAAAGUAUGGAUAUGCGAGGAACUGAUUGAUUCAAAAGUGUGUGGUGAAUUUAUUAGUGAUUAUGUGAAUUUGUAAUUAGGUCUGCUGGUCUCAGGUAGGAUGCACGCUUAUGUUGCUGUGGUUGAUCUUCAUGGAGUUCAUGGACUGAGUGAAGACUGAAUAAAAGUGGGAAAUAUCUGUUACGGCAAGAAUUCUUGAUAAUAGUGGGGCAGAAACGAGAUAUUCUUUUAUAAAAUCAUGUCAAAAAAUAGAUGUUAACUUCUCUGAUCAGAAUGUCAAACCACAACUUGGUAUUCAGUUUGAGGUAGGGUUCAGAAUAGGUCUCUUCUCGACUGAAAUGGCAGGAGUGUGUAGGACAAUUCCCAAGUUUUGAACAGCGUUCUGUUUGCCUCUUUGUCCUAAUGUUGAAGUAUUCAUUCUAAGGCCUCUGAUUUCUAGCUCAUACUAUCCUCUGCCUGGAUGCAGUUAGCAGAGGCUUCGCAAGGAUUUGGUUUUGAUAAUUCUUUUCCUUGAAAGUCGAAGGGUCCUGUCUAGUUACCUUUCUAAUUGGUAGGUGAACAGCAAGGAUGCAAAAGACUACAACUUGCACUUCACUUAAUGUUUGCCUGAAACGUUAUGUACAUUAAGGUGUAAAAACUAUGGCAGAUUCGGACAAACUUCAGGUGGAGUGAGCGAUGGGGUUACGGUACAUGUGAACUCUGUAGUGUAAAUUUGCAAUGAGAUUGAAAUGUAACCCGACUUGAAGUUUGCCAGAAUUUCAUAGAUAUGAUUAAACGUUUCAUCAAAAAGUGUUUAUUCAAUGGGUGUGACUCCAGCUGUUAACACCAGAAUGUAAAAGACUUCGGAGCCUGAAUCUCUUGUAUCUGGAGUUCAUUGGAUCAAAUCAAAAUGCAGAGGGGUUUUGAGUGAGUUCUCAAUUGGGGACAAUGGAAUAAAUAUUGACCAACGUCCCCCAUGAGAUCAUGUCAGAGUAAAGUACUGGCCCAAGCUGUUCUAUUCAUUCUUCCUGAAAGGGAUCUUUAUCUGUAUCUGCUUGGAAUUCUGGCAAACUUUCUUUGGACUAUAAAGGAUGUUACAAGUUAUUUGACCUUGUAAUAAGGUGAUGUAAAUACAAUAUUUAAUAUGAUACCAAGUCAUGAUCUCGCCAUUUUUCACACACUGUAAAAUUCUUCGCACCUCCUUUGUAAAAACUCUGAACCUUUUAUACAUGUUUCUUUCUCGGCCUGUGAAACUGGGUCGGUUAUUUAUGAUAGGCGUUGUUAUAGAUCAUUAGUAUCUCUCUACCCUAUAACCAAAUGGUACCAUGGUAUUGGAUUAUGAAAAUGUGUAGUGUAUGGUUGACUACCAUUUUGAUUGUAGGGUUGGAAGAAUUGAUUUAUUGAGCUCUAAUAGAUUCUGUCAUCUUGGUCGAUAAGGGUUGAUGUGAUUACGUGAGACCUGGUACACUCGUCAACAGGGCGUUCUCUUCCAUCUUGAUGUUCCCAGCUUGACAGGGCUUCCCUGAAAAUUAACCAGGACCUGUGACUCACUGAAAUGCAUGAUGUAGAUGAAUAUUCUCGAGACAACUAUUAAGAGAGCUUGUUGACUUCUCUGUAACCAUGACAACCGAAAGAAACAUUCCCUUGUAGAUCAAGAUAAAAGUUUUUGUCAUGUGUCUUUACAAGCCUAGACCUUUUUCGCCAGGCGGUACAUAUGAAAAAUGCAAUUUUCUAAGAAUAUUUUGUAUUAAUUAUGAUAAUAAUUUAAUCUCAUUGAUAACGAGUUCAAAAUUUGAUUUGCAUCGGACCCCAGUUUUAUGGAAGUUUUGAUACGAACAGUUUCAAUUAAAACAAUGUGGCUGUCUAGUUGGUAUUUGUGAAAUUUGUACAGUAUGAUAGUAAAUCAAGAUCUACAUAUAGCUUACCUAUAGCCUUCAUGUCCUCCCAAUGGUUAUAACACUGUUGUGAAAAGUAAUGGAGACACAGGAAGCCGCUGCUGAGGACCGUUUCCGUGUACCCUUGUAAGUUUUAACAGGUGUUGGAUGGAUUUUGAUGUAAGUUAGUGGGUCAGAACAUGCUACUCAUCACAAAGGCCUGUGGAAGUGGGAAAACUGCGAUGGUUCAGGAUGUUGUAGAUUCAGGCAUUACAGUGAGCUAUCACAGGACCACAAACUCUAAAACUAUGAAGUGGAACCAUCUGGUUUCAAGUGAAAUUUACCAUAACAUGAAUAGUACUGCCAUCUGGAAUCUUGCAGCAGCCAAGAUGGGAGAUUUUUCACAACCACUAAGGGGGGAGCGGAUGUCUUUCGGGACACUUCUGCCAUUACUAUUUGCAGGGAUGGGACAGAGUCAGAUAAAAGUGUCUCUGGGUCAAGUUGACUGACAUUUUCUGUACAGUUUGUAGGGUUCCUCUCCCUUAACAUGUCUGGAGAUGAAUGUUGUGUUUUUUCUAUAUUUCUAUAGAGCUCAUUAUAUAGAUUAUUUUCUAUCAGAGUUUAUCUGGAGCGAAACCAAUAAAUGCAUGAUCAUGUUACUUGGAGAAUGAAA